CACAUGAAGCACUGUUUAAAAAACUGUGGAAAUGAGGGGGCUAAUUUGAAAUACGUAAACCAGUAGGACACAUACUGGUAAACGAAAUAGAAUUUGGUCUCGUUUUCAAAUUAGAAUGACGUCACAAUGUGGCCAUGUUUGAUGCGACGAUUAGACCGUGCGCACGUUUGUAAUAUUUAUUGUUUCUUUCGUUUGAACGUGAAACACGGUUUUUCGUCUACUGUGCUAUUCUCUAAACCGAAUAUACACUCUAUAUUCUCAUUUAAGAGUUCUCAUUAUGCUGAAAGCUACAGGAAAGCGCGUCACGGAGGAGGAAGAUGAUUUCUGUGAGGAAAGUUUGCAGGAGAUGGAGCUGGCACGACUGCAGAGACAACUGCGGAUUAUGGAAGGAGAUCGCAAGGCAUAUCAAGAAAAAUCAGUAUUCAUUAUCAAAAAGCAAAAUGCAGAAAUCAAUGCCCUCACCAAAGAAAAUGAAGAGAUCAAUAAGGAUCUGAUGCAGGCUUUGAGUGAUAAGAAAUGUGCACAAGAUAUGUACAACACUGAACAGCUACAACUUCUCAUUCAGAGCACUGAUGAUUACAAAGCACUUGUUGAUGGUGAAAAAUUAAAGAUAGCUCAAAUGGACGCACAGAUUCGUGCAAUGGAAGAAAAGAUCUGUCACCAGAGAAUGACUAUGGGUGGAUUGUACAACAGCGCCACCAAGGCCAAUGCGACAAGCAAAAGACUGAGAGUAUUGGAAAACAGACUUGACAAGGCCAUGGUGAAUCUAAACAAGCAGCUUGCUACAAAUGCCAAACUGCGUGAAGAAAUAGACCACUUGAGGCAAGAGAGAGCCGUGUUUGAUAAUUUACACAAGAAGUUGUCUGCAGAACUGCAGCAGUCCAAAGAUAAAGUAAUGGAGAUAAUAGCAGAAGCAACUGCUGCUUAUGAUAGCAGAGAUGAUGCUAACAAUAAGAUGCUGAGUCUCCAGGAGCGCACAGAGAGAGAUGAGGCUCACUACCAUGUGGAGAUGAAGGACUUGCAGAGAAUGAUCAAGAAUGAUGAGAGUCUGAGGGAGUUCAUGACAAUUAAGGACCACGACAGGAUGGAGUACAAACUGAUGGAAAUGGCUAAGAAAAAGAAGAUGGCUUGUGAUGUGUUUGUGAGUGAUGUGUUGGGAGUUAUGCAGCAGGCACAGAAAACCUCCACACAAAUCCUAAACAAAUUUAAGGAAUGGGAAAACACUGUGAGCAAAGGAUUGGAUGCUGAUAAGGCCAUUGCUCAGAAUCAAGAAAAGAUCAAAACCUACGAGGAAGCCUUUGAACGCAUCAAAACUGCCACAGGAGAGCAGGACAUAGAUGUGAUAGUGAAACAGUUCAUUGAGAAAGAGGGUGAGAACUUCGCACUGUUUAACUAUGCCAAUGAGGUGAACCAUGAAGUUGAGUUGCUGAAUGAAGAGAUCAGUGCCAUCAAGGAGGACAUCAAUAGGUUCAAGAGUGAGGAGGCCACUGUGGAUAACAGCAGAGAGAAGAUGCUUAAAGAACUGCAGAUUAGCAUCCAGAAAGCCACAGCUCAAACGGAGAAAUCUCAGCAAAGGCUGAAGGAGGUGAACAAGUCCAUGGAGAAUUUGCGUCAGCAGAUAGGUGCCAUGUUCAGCAGUACUGGCUGUGAUGACAAGCCAAUACGGGAGAUGCUGGGGGCUGGUGUGGGCAUCACAGACAGCAAUGUGAUGAUGUACCUGGGGCUGAUUGAGCAGAGGACCAACGAAGUGCUGGCUGUGAAGGAAUAUUUGGAGAUGAAGGAGCAAGGCAUCAUUCCACCACCUAGUGCUGCUGCCCAAGCUGCUCCUGUAGCUGUACCUAAACCUACCAAACCCAGCCUGUCUAAUGUGGUUCUUCCUCGUGGAGACAGUGACACAGAAGAGGAAGAGGAAGAUGUGAGGCCACUCAACCCUGACGAGAUCAGAGCUCGUGUCCUGAAAGCUAUGGAUAAGAGGAUGGCAGAGGCAGCCAGCUUGGAAGUGGAGCAGCCCAGAACCGGAUCUAAAACUCCCACUAAAACUGGGACGAAGAAGAGAGUUUGACCCAACAAUUUCUCUCUGACAUAUAUUGUAUAUUAUACUGUUGUAGUAUUUAUUGAUAGUGUAAAUUAAUUUAUUCUGGAGAUAUUGUUGUUACUGCAGCUUGCAAUUGCAAACAAACUGUUUUUCCAUAAUUCACAGUGAAGGCGUGUAUAUUAUAUGAAGAAAAUACUACGUUUUAACAGACAGAUAUCAAAUGAAAUUUUGCGUUGAUAUUUUCAGACAGUGUUUAUGCGCGUUAUGCCACCCAAGACGAAUAAAAGGACUUUUUUCAACAUGUCUAAAAGACAAAUGCA